AUGAACAUCUCACCUGCACCCGAAGGCCCUCAACCCCCCGCAAAACCACCCAUGAGAGCUUACAACGCAAAGAUUCUAUACUCCACUAGUCUCGGCCAAGUUGAAAAAGGAUACGAGCUCUUCGUUGGUAUUCGACCUCUCGUCCCCGGUCCUGGAGUUCCUCGCCCCACCACGGCCGUUCCUGUGGUAGGUCGCUCGCCCACCGCUAUUACUGUACCAGAUCGCCCCCCCACUGCCAUUCCUAUUAUUGAUCGUCCUCCCACCACUCUUCCAAGGUGUAUUCGUUCUUUAAGCCCAAGUCCUGAAACCGCUCGCAUCCCCGCUGCCGACGCCGCCGAUAUGAAGAUGCCCUCGCUCCAGAAAAUAAGAGAUGGCGUAUGCAAAACAUCACCCAAUUCAACCGGCCAUAUCAACGACAACGAUCCAGAAGCCAAUACCGAGGAAUCAGAUAGCAGCAGCUCCGACAACUCCGAAGAAGGUGGCAACUGCGAACCACUGGGCCCAGUAUCGAUUGCUGGAAGCCCAGGGUACACCUCCACCACGUGCUCAUCCAUCCCUUCCCACCUCAGCUACGUUGAGUCACCAGUCUCAGAGGCCCCAAGUGACGUCCCCGACGACAUUUCAGAGUGGAGCGAGAGCUCACCAGUGAAGGAAUCUCAGCCAGAGGGGGAUGAUUAUGGCUGGUCGAAUAUCUUCACGGGUACUCCGGAGGAGAGAAGGCGAUUAAUACAGCAGUUGAAUGAGUUGUGUGAGCGCGCAGAGAAAGACGAUGCGCAUGAAUCGGAUCAUGAGAGGUUAGGAGACGACCAGCAGACCUGCCCCGCUGAAGUGUCGGAUAUGGUUGUACGCGCUCUCUAUAGUCAGUGGAUCAGAAUCCGCAAUGGUCUGAACGACCGCCAGGAACGAGCAAAGAGACUCGUCGAAUAUCUGCGCGACCACCGCACCUGCUUCUCCUGGACCGGGAAAGAAUACGCAAAAUUAAAGCUCAUGAUCCAGAAAUUCGAGCUCGAGUGCGAAGACUCUCUCCUCUUCCCCCCCAGGCGCGGGCCUCGACAGCCGCUUACCACUCGAGGGUAUCCUGUCGAUAGUGAUGAUGCCGGUCACGGCUCCCCCAGAAAACCGCUCGCGGAGACUGCUACCUGCCACAAAUGCAGCCGCGUACGCCAAUUCCCCCCAGGCGCAGUGGGGGUCAAUAGGUGUCUACCAUGUGAGCUCAACCUGAACCGCCAAUCUGAUAAACCAGUAUCGCGGCGGAAUGUGACUACCCGUUAUCAAAAGUUUCGAGGGUGUCCGUAUAAAUAUCCAGAAGAUGAGAGAAAAAGAAAAAGGAGGAAGUCAAAGUCCCUGCUUUAUCGCAAACGCGAGAAGCCAUUUUAUGACUAUCGAGCAGCUGCAAGAAAUGAGGAAAUACCGAAGAUGGAGGUACACUCAUUCUACGGUAGAAAGAGAACACGAGACGUAAAAACGAAGCCAGUUAGCAAGAGGCCGCGCUUGGAAUGA